UUGUCUUCCACAUUUUUGGGCCGUCUUUUGCACAAUAUCGGACCUUAAAAUGACUAUUGACUAUCAUGCUGACGAGCGGCACAACCAGGAAGUGAAAUUGUUUUAAAAUAUCCCCAGUCGCCUUUUGAUUGGGUGGCUGUGGUGGAAAAGCAGGAAGUUGCUCCUUUCUCUGAGAAAAACGGCCUAAAAAAUGUCAUGGUUAAUAUAUUUGAUAAAUUUGAAAGUUUUUACGUCAAGUCUGAGGUGCUGUACUUGCACCGGAGUAGAAACGAGUGACAUAAAAUGAUGCUUGCUCAGAAACAGCACAAUAGUAACCGAAAACGGAAGAAAUUGCACGGAGUAGCACGUAACAACUCUCGUUAAAGGAGACCGUUUGCUUUUGUUUCACCAUUUUCAUGGUAAAAUUAGCUCAUUUUAGGGGUCAAGCGGUCUCUUGCAGUGAGUCAGUACUUAUUCAUUCGCAGUGGCGGUUCCAGACUAAUUGUAGGGAGGGGGGCCUGGCUGGGGCAAUGAAAUUUGUCAGAGGGGCAUAUUCCACCCACUUCUAGCAAACGUUACAGUUUACCUUACCGCAACACAUUUAUAGACUGAGUUGCUGACGUGUAUUCCUCUCCAUUGCUCUCUGUCCGCCGUUCCAAAUGGAGAAAAAGGACAUUACGUCCUAUUUCUGCACCGUAAAGACGAAUAACAAUGAAACAGACAAAUUCAGACGAUCGUAUCGAGAGAGCUGAAGAGAAACAAGUUGAGAGUGCCAGCGAAAGAGAGCCAGGGAACCCAGGAGACAGUGGUUGUCAGAGAGAGGAAACGGACCAGGGAAAAGAGACCGUUGAAGAUCCUGAGAGUGAGAUACAAGAAAACUGUGACACACACACAGACAAUAGACAGUCGUCAACCAUGACGAAAAGGCGGGACAAGGACGAAAAGGAACCGCUGUGCUGCUGCGAGUAUGUCAACAGACACGGCGAGAGAAGCCACGUGGGGGCUUGCUGCUGCGACUGUGAAGAUCUGGACGAUGCCUGCGACAGAUUUUUUAAGCGAGAGCCUCAAAGUCCAGAUGCACUGUCCCGCGUGGCCGCCGACAUCAGCGACCGCGUACGUAUUCCCUGGCUGGGAGGCGGCGCCCGCAGAGUGGACUUGUCCGUCAUCCCCCCUUUGGUCUUUCUUCCGGCGCUGCUGCACCUCGCCGCGUUCCACUUCCUGCUCGGCGUGACGGUUCUGAUCACUACGCCGGGCAUGUUGCUGUGGUACUACUACUUCACCCACCGCAAAAAAGCUCGGACGCUGUUUUUUCUGAGCCUAGCGGUUUUCUCCUUGGCCUACAUGUACUACGUAUUCAUCACCAAAGUGGUACCGCGCGGGGGCGUCGGUGCCGUUGAGCUCGGCUUGGUCACCACCGGGAUGCUGCUCACCUUGCUGGGCCUCGCAAACACCAAGAGAGGCCCAGGCUUUGUGAAGGCCACAGAGUCGGAUCCUGUUCUUGAAGACCAGCUGGGAUGGUCACAAGAGGCUGAGCCUAGCUGGAAGAACUGGUGUUCCGUGUGCCGGGUGGUGCGGCCCCCAAGGGCGGGACAUUGUCGGAUAUGCGGGGUCUGCGUGCGGCGUCAUGACCACCACUGUGUCUGGAUCGACAGCUGCGUGGGGCGGGAUAACCACCGCAGCUUCUUGUUGACUCUUGUCGUCUUCCUAUCCACGUCCUUGUACGGGAUCGGUUUGACUCUGCGGAGCGUGUGUUCGGAGCAAAACGUCCUCACCGCUUUGUUCUACUGCCCGGGAGUCUACGAGGAAUAUAGUGCCUCCAUAUGCUUCACGAGCGCCUGGUACUGCGCCGUGGUGUCGUGCGGCGUCCUCCACCUCCUGCUCACUCAGCUGCUCAACAUCAGCUACAACGUGACGGAGCGCGAGGCGCGCACCGCCGUCAGGGAACGCUCUGGCCGCCGAGUCUUGUGGGGACUAGCCGUGGACACCGGCGUCCACUCGCGGGGCCUGUGGGCCAACUGGGUCGAGUUUUUGACCAUGCCGGAGGAACGGAUGCCCCGACGUUGCCAUCCGGGGAGCGGAGAUGACGAGUCAUGCGUGAAAGUCAGUCAUUAUGACAUUCAUCCAGCUUUAGGGGCGUCCUCACGCCCAGACGACGCCUGAUCAGCAUGUCUACCGCUGGCACAAAAAGCCGCAGGUUGACAGGCCCGCUAUUUUUCUGCAGCGGACAGGUACAAAUAUACAUUUACUGACAGUCGAGAGGUUCAGGGUUCCAAUAUCGGUUCAAGUGUUGUUUUUUUUAUUUUUUUUUAUGUUCUCCAUGUGCUAUUGUGUUUUCUACAUUUUCCUCCCUCAUUCUAAAAAAAAACAAACAACCCACUCAUGUAAAGUUCAUUGAAGACUAAAUGAGGGCGGGGUAAAGUCUGGCUAGCUCGGAUCUUUCAUUUGCCGACCUGAGUAUUUACAUGAUCGAUGUCAAACUCAAGGCUACACAUCAAAUCAUUUGGCCGACUUAAGCAAAUGAAAUGUGUUGACUUCCUGUUUGUUGCGAAAUGGAUUUGUCAUUUUGGCAGAAAAUCUUAAAUCCAACAAAACCUUUACAGAAUACUUCAAUGCCACAUGCCACUUUUUAUAUUGACUUCCGAUUUAAAAUUCAAUUUGAUGUUAAAAAUAUAUGAAUAUGAUGAGGUGAUACUUUUAUGUUUUUCCCCCAUUAUAACCCAUUACACUAUGUCGCGGCCUGUGACGAAAACGAAUGGGACAGCCCUGAUUUUGGUGAAUUCAAAUGAUUUUUUUUACGAAUGUUUUAAGAUGUUUAGCGUAUUCAAUAAUCAAUAAUUGAUUGUAAAUUCUAAACUG